UUUUUUUCUUUGAAACAUCAUAACAAGAACUCAAAAUAUAUACAAAAUUAUAAGAUAAACUCUAAAGUCAUAGGCAAAAGUUAUGGAAAAGAAUACUGGAGUUGCGAUUAUGAUCAUACUUAUGUUGGGAUUUGCACAAGCAUACGACAAUUCUUCAUCUAUGAAAAUCGAGUCUAGAAAUGCAACUGAUGAACUCUCAUGUGCUGCCAAAUGUGGCGUAAAUUGUUUAAUAGCUAACCUUUUAUAUCCAAUAUGUUAUGCUAUUUGUCUUUCAAAAUGCAAUAAAGCACCUGCUGAUGGUGUCUAUAAUUGUCUUUCUGGUUGUGGCUUGACCAAGCCUAUUAAGGCCAAUACUCCAGCUGAUCGUGAUCGUGCAACCCAACAAGUGGAUUCUUGCUUACAAGAAUGUCAAACGAAAUAAUUUGUUACAAGAGUGUUCAAGAAUAAAGUUGUUAGGAGAAAUAA